AUGAAGGAUUAUGAGGCAGCCCUGGGCUGGACCCAUAAGUGUCUGAAGAUGAGCAAAGAGGCUGGAGACAAGGAAGAUAUGAUGGAUGGACACAUACAUGUAGGUGUGGGUACAAUGUACAAGGAACUAGGUGACUUGGUUAAGGCAAUAUCCCACUACAGCACAGCCUUACAGAUGGCACAGCAGACAGGAGAUCAAGAUAGCGAGAUGGCAUUUUCCUUGUUUAUAGGUGACUUGCAAAGAGAACAGCUCCACUCCCCACAAACAGCCAUCCCAUAUUAUGAACAGGCUGCAGAACUAGCCAGGCAGCUGGGGGACAGGAGUAAGGAGAUGGAGGCCUACCAGAGCUUGGGGCGGGCCUAUCAUGACAUGGGGGAGUACAGGAAAGCUCUGGGGUGGCAUCAGAAGUACCUGAAGAUGUGCCAAGGUGAUGAAGAUGAGGGAAAACAGAUAACAGCACACAGAGGGAUGGGUGAUACAUACAGGUUUCUUGGUGAACUGGAUCAAGCAACAUCGCACUACAACACAGCCUUACAGAUGGCACAGCAGACAGAUGAUCGACGAGGACAGAUGUCCGUAUACAUUGAGAUGGGUGACAUGCACAUUGAUCAACUCCACUCCCCUCGUACAGCCAUCCAGUAUUAUGAACAGUACCUUGCACUAGCCAGGCAGUUGGGGGACUGGCAUGGGGAGGGAGUGGCUUACAACAGACUGGGAUUGGCCCACCAUAAGAUGGGGGAGUAUGAGGCUGCUUUAGAGUGGAAUCAGAAGAACCUGAAAAUAAACGAAGAUAAUGGGAACAAAAAAGAGCAAGCAGUAGUACAUGUACGUCGGGGUGAUACAUACAGGUUUCUGGGUAAACUGGAUCAGGCAACAUCCCACUUAAAGACAGCCCUACAGAUGGCAAAGCAGACAGGCCAUCGCUAUGGUAAACUGGGUUAUUGCCUCAGAAUGGGUGACAUGCAAAGGGAACAACUCCACUCCCCACAUGAAGCCAUCCAGUAUUAUGAACAGUAUCUGGAACUAGCCAAGCAGUCGGCAGACAGGCAUGAAGAGGGAAGGGCUUAUAAGAGACUUGGAAAGGCCCACUAUGAGAUGGGGGAGUGUGAGAAAGGUUUAGAGUGGUUUCAGAAGUACCUCAAAAUUAGCCAAGACUGUGAAGACAAGACUGCACAGAUAACAGCACACAAGCACAUAGCUGUUUCCUACAAGGCACUGGGUAAACUGGACCUGGCUAACUCUCACUGCCAAUCAGCAAUGGACAUCGCCAUGGAGACAGGAAACAAACAGGCCCAGGACUACAUCGCUGAGGUGCUGGCUGGACUGUAA